CCAGGAUGAAGGGUACUAUAAUUAAUGUAGAGUCUUUUCAUUGCCAUAGCAUCCUUUUCCGUAUGAUCUAGACCACGCCCAUUGAAGGGUUCGAUGGUUAAACCUGUCGAGCUUGAAGGGACACUACUUGGGAAUUUGCAGUGACCUGGGUUGGGUUACAGGCGUCACCAAGAUUCACCAAGGGUGCUCGAGGUGAUAGGUGAUUCUGAUGGCAAUUAUGACUUUGUGAUUUCCAGGCUAUUCCAGGCUCAUUGUUUCUCAAGUCUGGCUCCAUCAAAGCACAACCAAGCUCCAAAGGGAGUUUGGCAGCAGAUCAUGACCUCUAGACUUCUCCAAUAUGUGGUCCGAUCCCACUACUUGUACCGUGCCCGUGCCCUCAGCACCUGGCCUCCACAUAGUCUUCCACGGACGUGUCGUGCAAGCGCCACGGCACGGACCGAUGGAGACGAGCUGCGACGCCUGGUGGAGGAGGCCAGGACACCACGCCAGACACCUCGGAGGCCCCCAACAGGUUCGAGGGAGCUAGGGGAUGGCACUGGUCGUUGGAGGUGUUGUGAUUGUGGCGUGGAGAAGGUGGCAGCAGAUUUCUCAUUCAACGCAGGUGGACAUGUGCGCUCCUAUUGCAAAGCUUGUGACGCAGUCAAAAAUCGCGAAUACCGCCAGACCCUUCGUGGGAAUGCUGGGACGCUAGUGCGGGGUGCUAGGCACCGAUCCAAGUUGAAAGGCUGGUCUUGCAAUUUGGAUACUGACUUUAUCCUUGACCUGAUUCUUUAUCAGGAGGGCAGAUGCGCCUACUCUGGUGUUCAGAUGGAGAAUCUUUUGCCACACUCAGACUGGCGGAUGUCUUUGGAAAGAGUGAACAACACCGUCGGGUAUGUUCGAGAAAACUGUGUUCUUAUUGCUGCUGAAUUCAACUCGACAGAGAAGCUGAGCAAAAGAGUGCCAAUAACAUCAACAUCCGGAUCUUCACAAUGGUCCUUGGAGAAGGUCCUAAGUUUCAGAGCUGAACGACAGUCGAGCGUGGAUUUGUGGGGCUUGAAUAGGUUGAUCAAGGCUGCGCAGGAGAGAUAUUCAUCUUUUCCUAGACCUGCCAUUCUCACUAGUACUGCCUUUCAAAAUGUUAAAAGUGAACUGGAGGUACUUGAGGGGGGCUUUGGACGAUUCAGAUGUUCCAUGUGUGGGCUCUGGAAGCCUGCAAGCGGUUUUUCUUUGGACAAGAGCCGCAGGACUGGGCUCCGAAGCAUAUGCAAGCAAUGUGAUGGAGAAUCUAAACUUAGGCACCGGAUGACUUUGCGUGGUCACAUCCAAAGCAUGCUUCAAAGCGCCCGUCGUCGACACAAACUCGGGAAGUGGCACGGCGACUUUGAGCUUGACUUGGACUAUGUGCUGAAGAUGUUGUGGUGGCAACAGGGGCGUUGUUUCUACUCCGGUGUUCCCUUGCGCUUUGGUGAGUACAAUGUUGAUUGGAAGAUGUCGCUGGAACGGCUCGACAACGGCAAAACCUACACCAAAGGCAAUGCUGUGCUGGUUGCAUUGGAGUUCAACACAGCGGAUCAUAGUGCACGCGCUGUUUCUCCGGUAUCCGGCUCUAGCCAGUGGUCUAGGAGCAAGGUGGAACAUGUUUGGGGUUCUUGGGAGGGUCCAGACAGAUUGUUUGAGCCACAGAUUGCUCGACUUGCUCAAUUUGAGUAAUUGGGCAGUGCGUGUGUGUUUUUGAAAUGUAUAUGCUGCAUUGAAGGGUCCUGGAGCAAGUCCUGAAUGAUCUAACUCCACCCCUGAGCUGGGGCACAGCUCCCAUGACCGGUUCAAACAUACAGUUCCAGCAGCAAUGGGUCAGUAAGCGCCCAUGGUUGACUGCACGUGGGACAUCCCAGAUCUCCAACUCAGAUUCCAACCAUUUUCGGUAACUGUAAGCUUCCAGCUGAGCUACCUAGUCACCACUACAUCCGUGGCACAAAUUCACGAGACAGAUUGGAAGACAGUGCUAAGAGAGGGUGCUGUUUGAAGGGAAUUAUAUAACGAGAGGAUGUACCUAAAGCGCCCUGCUGC